GAAGACACCUCCUCUAUAUUCCUCCUUGGUUCAAACAAAAACAACAUUUCGGGGAAUUUUUGGUGGCAGAUGCGUUGGAUUUCGUGAGGAAGAAAAUUGGUUUUCAAUGAACAGUCCAUCGAAAUGCGGAAGUCAUCGGCAAAUGGCUCUGCAUCGAGUGCGAGCGACAACCAAGUGCUGGAACCACCAGCGACUCCAGCAAACAAAGCAACCGAGGAUGAGGAUGAAAAUGCGUAUUCCGAUGAAAAUCCCAGCCAUCUGACGAUUGCAUGUCCGGAAUGUGGCAAAAUGUUUGCCGAUCGGAGUGGCCUUCGUCGGCACGAAUCGGUCCACACGAAGGAUAAGCCGUACCUGUGCGAAAAAUGUUCCCGCUCGUUUACGCAGAAGACUAGCCUUGUGCGACACAUGCUCAUUCAUUUGCGCGAGAAAAACUUUCCCUGCACGCACUGUACGAUGAAGUUCCGGCAGAGGGUUAACCUGGACGCGCACGUCAAACAGGUGCAUCCGCCGGCGGACGAUCCGGAGUUGGAAAACCGGUUCCACUGCAAGAAGUGUCCGUCGGCGUUCAAAACGGCCGGACGGUUAAGGGAUCACCGGGCCCGACUGCACGGCGAGAUGGUCAUAUUCGACCAGUGUGUGAAGCGCACACCGAACGUAACGAAAGAAGCCUCCGAAGGGUCAGAGGACAGUGAUGAAGCGUCCCAAGAGGAAGGUUCACAAUCGUCAGCACAGGACACGGAGCAGGAGGACAGUGAGAUAGUGCAAAAGGUAAUCCCCAGCCGCCGGACCGAACAUCUGAAGGGUAAAACGCCCCAGCGACGGCAUGAGUGUGAGGUGUGCAAGGCAGCAUUCCUGAAGAAGGCACACCUUGCCCAGCACAUGGUGUCGCAUCUCGGGUUUAAAGAGUUCCGGUGCGACGUUUGCGACAAAACGUUCUCCACCAAACAGUCGCUCAACAGCCACACCGUGCUGCACGCGCAAACCGAGUUGCCGUUCAGUUGCGACGCCUGCGGGGAAUCGUUCAGUCGUCGCGCAACGCUGAAAAGGCAUCAGACCAUGCUGCAUGAGGAGCAGAAACAUUCGUACCGGUGUCCUUACUGUGGGAAACGCUGUCGUUGGUAUCACAACUGCCUCACGCAUAUCAAACGCUUUCAUCCAAAGACGGACGGGAAGGAACUGUUGGAUCCGAUUAAAGAACCCGUCACGAACGGUGAUCAUGAGGAGACAGUCCCUUCGCCAGGGAAUGAAAGUUAAAGAGAAUACAAUUGCAUUUAGCAUUCUCUAUAGCCACUAUCGUA